AUAACCACACUCAAGAAAAGUCUCACAAGCGACAAGUCGUUAAGCAGAAAUAAGUCAGUUGAGAUAUAGUUUCAUCGAGCAACCAGUGCCUCCUUCUGGCUUCUUUCUCCGGUAAGUUUCUUCCAGCUCUCAACAAAUGGCGUGCAGCAUUGCUCACCGGCACCACCAUCUCUUUACUCAAAGCAUCCAUUUCUCAUUCCCUUCUCUCUUCAUGUCAAAAUCUUUUAUAUCUCAUCCAAGCAAAUCUACAAGAUCCUUUUGUCCAAUAAAGUCAACUUCUCGCUCUAUGUCAGUGAUAUCUGGUGCUAGCAGCUUCACUUGGGACGACGUCUUUAGAGUGUCUCAACCUGAAUAUGUCCCUAACGAUUCUUCAGAUCUCUCCGGCUUCUUUCACAAGAUUCAACUCUGCAAUCGCGGCUCUGAACUUCAAUCUGAGUUCAUUUCAUUCUUAAUCGAAGAUCAAUUUGUUGGUUAUAUCCAUAAUAAUUUUGUUGAGCAGUUAAGGAGGUUUAAGGAUGUGUUUGUUUUCCUUCAAAGUAAUCAUUCCUAUGUAAGUUUACAUGAGAGGCUACAGACAGCAGAGGAUAGAACUAGAGCUGUUGGCCAAGUUAUUAAAUGUUUAGGAGAAGAAGGAUUGAUUCCAGGUAUACGGAAUGAGCUUUACCCUGUGGUAUCCUCAUUUGGCUCGCCUGUCUAUUUUUCCUUGGAACGUGCUGCAGCUCCUUAUUUCGGCAUAAAGGUGUAUGGAAUUCACAUGAAUGGCUUUGUUGAAAGAGAUGGAGAGAAAUUUCUAUGGAUAGGAAAGAGAAGUGGAGUGAAACCUACUUAUCCAGGGAUGCUUGAUCAUCUGGUUGCUGGAGGAUUGCCUCAUGGGAUCUCCUGUGAAGAGAAUGUUAUCAAGGAAUGUGAAGAGGAAGCAGGAAUACCUCGAUCAAUUUCGCAUAAAGCCAUACCAGUUGGUGCUGUUUCUUACAUGGAUAUCGAAGAAUAUAGAUACAAGAGAGAUGUUCUAUUUUGUUAUGAUUUGAAACUUCCCGAUGGUUUUAUACCUAAGAAUCAAGAUGGAGAAGUGGAGAGUUUCCAAUUGAUCCCUGUGAAAAAUGUUGCAAAUGUUGUAAGGAGGACAGAAUUUUUCAAGUCAAAUUGCUCUCUUGUCAUCAUUCAUUUCCUAUUUCGGCAUGGGUUUAUUAGGCCCGAAUGCUUGGGAUACUUGGAUCUGUUGCAAAGUUUGAGGAAUGGAGAUUGCUCCUAGAUGCAUUAGAGGAAUUACUGAACAAAAACAAAGAGAACUGAAUUGCUUUUGUUAUAUAUUAUUCUAGGCCCAGGCUGUGCAAUAUUUAUACAAAUGGAAGUUGAAUUUUGUCAAUUCUAUAAAAUCUGUAAACUCCCAAAAAUUAGGAGUUAAUUUA